UUGUUCUCUCACAUCGCAACCGCGAGACCGGACCUUUCCACCGAGCGAACUGCUUCGGCCAACAGCCUAUCUGAUACCGUCCCGUGCCCUCUCGGGAACCGGGAACCCACUCGGGCCUGCCGUCUCACACCGAUUGCCUCCUCUCCCCACCCACCGGGGGUGCCGGUUUGGCCAUGGAGAGCCCCGAGUUUGCUGCUGGCAUGCGGGGACAGGGUUCUAACGGCACCGCUUCGUCCACUUCCAAGCGCAAACGGAGUACCGUCGAUAGCAGUCCUGCCAGCCUUGGCGACCACGAACAUGAUCAAGAACAAGAGCAAGACCACGACGAGAGGACAGAUGCCUCGCCAGAGACCAAGAGCCGUCGCCUGCCCGGCGUGAAGCGUGCAUGCAACGAGUGCCGCCAGCAAAAGCUGCGCUGCGAUGUCGUCCAAGAGCCCUUCCAAAGUUGCUCGCGCUGCAACCGGCUUAAACUCGAGUGCAAGAUCGAGUCCAACUUCAAGCGCAUCGGCAAGCGUUCCAAGCAUGCCGAGAUGGAGAAGGAGAUCGAGAGGCUGCGCCGCGCAGUCGAGCUCGCCAAGAGCCGAGGCUUUGUUCUGGAUGAGGACGACGAGACCCUCCACUCGACAGUUCAUUCCGCCAUGCAGUCGCAACUCCACUCACCCGUCGUCACGAGCCAGUACUCACAUACGCGAAACCCCUCCUUGAUGGGAUCCGACGAAGCCGUCUCAUCGCUGCUGCACCUCAAGCGGGGUGGCUCAUAUGCCCUCCCUCGCAUUGCCCGAGAACUUGACACUUUUCAGAUCACCGAGGAAGAGGAGAGCCAGCUGUUCAGCCAAUUCUUCAACUACUAUCACCCCUUCCUCCCGUUCCUUAACCCGGCCCAGACGCCAGAUCAGUAUUACCAGCAGCAUCCCCUGCUCUACUGGUCCAUCAUCGCGGUCGCCAGCAGGCGCUACGGGUCCGACCACAACAUCCUCACCAAGCUCUCGGGGCCCCUGACGAGACUGCUCUGGAACACCGUGGGGGACGUGCCUCAGAGCUAUUUCGUUGUCAAGGCGCUCUGUUUGCUCUGCACCUGGCCCCUUCCGACGAGCACGACGUCGUCCGACCCCACUCAUAUUCUCUGCGGAGUCCUGAUGAAGACAGCGACCGGCAUCGGCUUGCACCGGCCGAAUCACAUCAACGACUUCUCCCGAGUUGCGGUGGAGCUGAACAAGGAAGGGCUGCACGACCGCAUCAAGACUUGGGCCGUGUGCAACAUCGUCGCGCAGACGAUAGGCACGGGCUAUGGCCAGCCGGCCUCAACCCUAUACGACUGGACGCUGGCCGUUCGUCCCGGAAUCGAUGGCCCGUUUUCUCUCGGGCCGGAGCUCGAGGCCAGGUUACAGAUCGAGCGCUUCUGCGACAAGGUGUCUAAAGAAAUGUACAGCAACGCUAGCGACCCCCGUGGCGUUGCCGGCGACGAGCACCGGGCCAUGUUGAUGCGCGUGUACCGGCGCGAGUUCAACGAGCUCCAAGCUUCGAUCCUGGCACAGAACUUAUCGCCAAUUGUCUACCUCCACCUUAAAGCAGCCUGUCUCCAUCUCCGCCUCGCCGGCUUCUUCGACUCGAGCCGCACGCCAGGAUACCUCGACGAUUUGAUGGCGUUGUGGCGUGCCACCACCGGCUACCUUGACUUCAUCCUCGACGGCCCGGAGACCUGCGACGAGGCGUAUCGGUACCAGUUGCAAGACCAGUUCCUUCUAAAAUACGCCACCAACUAUAUACAGCAGAUGCUCGUUGCCGCCGGGUUUGCCUUGCUCAAGCUCAUGCGGUCAUUUUUUGUGAAACAGAUCGAACCCGAGCGUGGCCGGACUCUCUUCCACAGGACGAUCCAAGCCAUUCGGACUACCAGCGUGGUGCAGAACGACUUGAACUGGAGGCUUGCCGAAUUGAUGGUUCAGAUCUGGAACGGCGCUCGGAACAAGGACGCGUCGUCCUUUCAAGGUGACGACCCAGAGAUUGACGACAGUUUGCAGCUCAAGGUGCGGUGCAGACACAGCAUGAGUCUCGUGUUCGACUCGAUCUGGCACUGGAGGGAGGAAUACCAAGCCCGAGGUCGGGGCACGCUUGAUGCCUCCACUCAUUUAGACAGCACCCUGGCCCCGCCAUCCCAGAGUCUCCCUGCCAAUCUCGGCCUGGCAGCGUCCAACGGUCCCAUGACGCCCGGUGGAAACUCGGCCAUGGGAGGAGGCACGCAAGGCGGCUCGCUCAUGGGCUUGAACAACUACGAAAGCAACUACGAUUUCUGGGACCCCCAGCACUGGAUGCUGGAUGGACUGAUCGACUUUAACUACAACACAUUUGUCCCCAUCGAGAGUACUUAGGACACGCG